UGCUCCGUGUGCUUUUGCCCCUUGGGGUCCUGCUGGCCCUGCUGUGUGCCCCAUGGGCACAGGGAUGCGCAGCCCCACAGGCGCUGGUGUCAGAGCUGCUGCAGCGAAUGGAGGGCUCCGUGCUGGAGGAUGCAAGCCCCAACCCCAGUGUCCUCCUGGCCCUGAACCUGGCCGGGGGCUCCAGUAGGGAUGUGCAGAAGCUGCUGCUCCAGCAGCUGAAGGAGGAGGCGGUGAAGAGGGCCCCAAAAGGCAUGGCCUCGGGGGAGGUGGCUCUGCUCGUGCUCGCCCUCCUGUCCUCCUGCCAGGACCCGCAGCAGGUCCAGGCCCUGGGGAUGAGCGUGGACCUGCUCGGCAUCCUGCAGCAGGCGACCGAUGGGGAGCUGGCCAGUAUGGAGGUCGAAGGUGUCCCCAGGACCACCCUUUACAGCAUCGGCCUGGACGCCCUCAGCCUCUGCCUGACCGGGGUUGGUGGCUACCAAGAGGCCUCCGUGGAGCUGGCCAGGGAGCUGCUGAGCCCCUCCAGCCCCCUCUCCGUGGACACCCGGGCCAUGGCGGUGCUGGCGCUGGUGUGCACCCAUGGGCGCACGGAGCUCCAGGAUGAGCGGGACCUGCUCCGAGAGGCUGUGUCCGUGGUCACCAACGCCUUCCUGGACGAGCAGGAGCAGAGCGGUGGCCUCAUAGGGAACAUCUACAGCAUGGGGCUGGCCAUGCAGGCACUGCAAUCCGCAGGGAUGUUUUACGCCCCUCGCCAAUGGGAUUGCUCCCAAGCCCUCUCUGUGGUGUCCAAGCAUCACUUCCAGCUGCCCACAGCCAUUGCCCAGCUCCUUCCUGCACUACUGGGCAGGACCUACCUGGAUGCAGGGAGCUUGGAUUGCUCCUCCAGCACCGGAGCAUCCCGGAGCAUCCCGGCUGCAUCCAUGGGUACCACUGCUCCCGCUCUGCAUCCCCGGCGCCGCUCCAUGCCUGCAUCCCUGGCAGCGCAGCCAAUCACGGUGCAGUUCUCCAUCAUCAACCGGCUCCAGGGGAAGCCCUUCAGCUUCAGCAUCACCGUGAGCGUGCCGGAUGGCUCCACGCUGCUGGAGGUGAUGGAGGUAGCGGCCAAGGAGAACCCUGAGGUCUAUAGCUUCCAGACGGAGCAGAUGUCCUGGGGGAUCAUGGUGGUGUCCAUCCACGGGCUGGCCGGGAGUGCCGAGGAUCGGACGUACUGGUGCUUCCUGAGCGGCAGCGAUGCUCUGCAGGAAGGGGUCGGUCUCUACAAGCCGCACAACGGGGAGCACAUCCAGGCUGUGUUCAGCACCUACUGAGCCCAUCGAGGGACAUCCCGC